CCACCCGGAACGUUCUAAAGACGUUGAGGGGUACACUUCAGGGGUGCAUUCGGCAACGCACCAGCUGUCAUGGCGCCUCAGUAUUGUGUGCCCAAAUGUGCGUCCUCAAAGAGAAAAAAUCCUACCGUGGACAGACUUUCCACCGUUUCCCCAAAGAGCAGGCACUUCGCCGUGAAUGGAUAAAUCACGUCAAGAGGGAUCCUGGUCCAUAUUUCAAGAUCAACGCUGAGACCAAGGUUUGUUCUGAGCACUUUGAGAAGCAGUGUUUUGUAAAGACCGCCCGUGGUAUCACAGAGCUUAUAAAGGAUGCUGUGGCAACUUUGUUCGCCUGGACUUCAGAGAGGCCAAAGAGGAGAAUCAUCAUUCGCAGACCGAGUACGGAUUCCAUGGAGGUGGAUGAAAACCAGCCUGAUGUGAGAAGGGAUGCCUUGAGCACAGAUGUACCUCCUCCACAGCCAUACCAUGAUUAUGCUGUUCCACCGCUGACACCAGAGGGACAACUUGAGGCGGCACGCAAGCACAUCAUGCUGCCCAUUCACUAAUGUUAACUUUUUCAUGAAUACUUACCACCAGCAUCAAAUUCUAAGUAUUCAUUAUGACUAAAAUUGCACUUUUCAUACAUUAAAAGGGGGAUCUUCUCCAUGGUCCGUCAUUUUGAAUUUCCAAAAAUAGCAAUUUUUAGCUGCAAAAAUGACUGUACUUGGACCAUAUUUGAAAAUAUUUGUUUAUUACUUUCAUGUAAAGAUC